AUACCUCUGAAAACUGGAGUUCCCAUUUUGAAAUUAUUAGUUAGAAUAACUGUAUCUGUGGCAAGAGCUAGUGCUAGAAGGAGAAGCUCGCAGCAGAGUGCAUAAGUUUCUAGCAAACAUGUUGCACUUCCUUGAAGGGAAGCUCGUUAGCACUAAAGAAGAACUGGACACGCCCCAGGAAAUUGUUCUUUUUUUUCUUUUUGGUAGACUAAGAAUCAUUUUAGAGAGCAAUGUCCUGCCCCCCCUCCUCUCCCCAACCCAGUUAAAUACAUUGUAACAGUUAUUUAAAUACUAUAUUGUGCAGCAGUGCUGGUGAAAGCCUGAGGGCCUUGAAACCUGCUGUCUUUUGUUGUUGUGAUUCAUGGCAAGUCUGACACAGGAAGUGGCAGUUUAGACUUCCCUCCACUGCCCUACCAGCGUGCCUUGCCCGCAACCUGCAGCAAUUACCUUGAGAACAAAGAGGGAGGAGUUCAGAGCCCACAAACCUUUGAUUCUUUUGCAUUUUCCACUGGGAUUGCCAGGAAGAAUAUACUGGAUGUGCCCUUGGUUUGAGACCUGAGUAUCUGUUCACUGGGUAAAGGUUCGAGACCAAAAAUGCAUUUCAUGUCAGCCGCCAAACAGCAUCAGAAGACAAAAGUUCCCUCUUGGAACAGAACUGGGCAAGUGUCCCAAAAAAGGGAAGCAGCUUACUAUCCCAGUGCUGGUGUCUCAGGUCAUCCAGUUUCCUGACUGCACAGCUUUAUUUAAGUAAAUUACUAGAGUGAUGAUUUAAGUGGAUUCAGACAACAGUGCUGUUCAGAUACAAGCAGAAGGUGUUGGAAGAGAUCCAAGUUGGCCACCUUGGUUUUUGCUGGCCCUUAGCUGUAAGGACAGUAGUAAGCAUGGCAGGGUUGCAUUGCUAAAAAAGCGUAGAAGGCAGAACAUUUACCUGUUUGCUGAUGUUAUUUUCCUUUCACAGACAAAAUGCCAGUGACAAGAAUGCGCAUGAGGCCUUGGCUGGAAAUGCAGAUCAAUUCCAAUCAAAUACCAGGAUUGACCUGGAUCAACAAGGAUAAGAUGAUGUUCCAGAUCCCAUGGAAACAUGCAGCUAAGCAUGGCUGGGACAUGGAAAAAGAUGCCUGCCUUUUCCGAAGUUGGGCCGUUCACACUGGGAGAUACAAGAUAGGGGAGAAAGAACCGGACCCUAAAACAUGGAAGGCAAAUUUCCGCUGUGCCAUGAAUUCAUUGCCUGAUAUCGAAGAAGUGAAGGAUAAAAGCAUCAAUAAAGGCUCCAGUGCAGUCCGGGUUUACAGAAUGUUACCACCUUUAACAAAGCUGCAGAAAAAAGAAAGGAAGUCAAAAUCAUCUAGAGACUCAAGAAACAAGAGCAGGAGAAAGUCAUAUGAGGACAUGAGGUCAGAUGAAGCAGUAGAAGCACUAAACAGCACAAUGAUACCAGAUGACCACAGCAGUUACACAGUUCAAGACUAUGCAGGACAGGAAGUGAAGGUUGAAAGCACAUCUGUCACCCUCGAUCUCUCACCAUGUGAUAUACACACUGCGGUGACCGAAUGGAGAACCCCAAUGGAAAUAGCGCUGGCUGACAGCACAAAUGACAUCUACCAGCUUCAAGUGUCACCUCUAGCUUCAUCUUCUGAAGUGACAGAUGAGGAUCAAGAGGAAAUCAAGACAGACCUUUUUAAGCUGCUUGAACAAGACUGGCAUACAACCAGCAUUGGCGGGAAAGGCUAUCUUACCAAUGAGCCUGGCACACAAAGCCUGUGCAGUUACAUAUACAAGGAGCAGGAUGCUGAAAUUGAUACCACCUCAGAAAUCGAGCUGAGACUUUGCACUGAUAUGAAAAGCAGCAGUCUAGAGUUCUCUUGGCUGGAGACAGUAAGAUCUUCGAAUAUGCAAGCCAUUCCUUGCAACUUCUAAACCUUGUUCUUUCUUUGAACCACAAAUGUUUACUUCUGGUAUCUUCUGCAAGCCCUAACAGAGUGGAAGGAGUUGUUUGUUACUGACUCUGGAGAAGGAACAACAUUUACUAUCCGUUUAACUUCUCUGAUUCAAAGACUGUUAAGAAGGAAAGCUCCAUGAUCACAGAUAUAUCCCACCUUGUUAGAACUCUUCACAUUGAAGUGAUUAACUAAGCCGUAGGCAUAUACCUUUAUAAUUGCUUCCAGUGUGAAGUUGUUCAUACCGUAUUGUGCAAGGAGGUUCCACCUUUUCUGGGGGGUGAAGGUCAAAGGUGCUGUGUAUCAUGAGAAGUAGGGUUCAGAUUUAUAUAGUCCUUGUCUGUUUUCUAUGUUUUUCAUACUGGACAUUGCAAGCACUGCUUUUGGGGAAGAUUACAGCUUUUACAGAAGCAGUGCUUCAGAGACAGACAGCCCUCCAUCCCCCUACUAGUUCUGGUUGCUGCUUACCCAGAUGAUACCUGUGAAAUUAUGAGCUUAAUUACAAUUAUUGCAUAUUGUGAUUCAACAAAAAUUGCACUAAUUGGCCCUCUCUUCGAUUAUUCCAGCAUAUAGGGUUCAUUUCCAAAUACAAAUCUUCAUUUCUGUAAAUACGUUUAGCCAAAAAAAAGUUUUAAAAAAGUAAGUCUGACACAGGCUUUGCUUCCAUGUCAGACUUGCUUCCGUUGUUCAGAAGAUCUACUCCUAGGACUUUAUCCUGUUAUCAUUAUGUAUGGCAUAUAUCCAUUUUUUACAUACUUGCUGUCAAAAAGCUGCCACAGUGUGGGAUUUCCCCCUCCACUGAUGGCCAUGCUAAUUUAUUUAUAUAGUGCCUGUUUGAGAGCAACCUCAGUGCUCUAAAUUGUAAAAGAAUACCAACAACAGAAGACACACUGAACUAUGAAACAGCUCUUAAAGAAAACCAAUGGCAUGAGCCUAUGCAAAACAGUGCAAACUCCAGAAUUGAAAGAGGGCUUUAGUUUAGGCAUAUCUGAAAAA